AAUCCGCUGUUUGCUUUAUUUUAUUUGUCACUAUAUAUACCAUCAUCAUCAUGCAACUUUAAACAAACAUUCACCAAAUUAAUUAAGAUGGCAGUUACUUUGACAAUUGUUGUAACCACCUUGCUCUGCUUCCUCUCAACGGCGUCGUGCGGACGCGUUAUAGUUGGGGCGAAAACAGAGAUUUCUGAUGCAAGGACAAACAGGGAGGUACAGGAGCUUGGGAAGUUCGCGGUGGAGGAGUAUAAUUACAAGCAAGGUUUAAACAACGGCGGCGGCGGAGAGGCGUUGAAGUUCGUUGAGGUUGUGGAGGCGCAGCAGCAAGUGGUGUCGGGGAUGAAAUACUAUCUCAACAUCUCAGCAACUGAUCGGAGUGGGAUUCAUAGAAUGUUCACCUCUGUUGUGGUGGUGAAGCCGUGGCUUCAGUACAAGAAGCUUCUCCAUUUUGAGCCUCUAUCCACCACCCACCAACUCCAACAUACUAGUACUAUGUAAAAAGUUUGGAGCUAAAUGAUGUAUGCGGCUAAUAACCACUCCACUCACACAAUACCUAUAGAGACUCAUCUGAUCGAUCUAAUGUGUUGCUGGUGUCAAGGAAAAAUGAUCAAGAGAAUAAGUGAAGGGUUUAAUCAAUAUAAAUUAUUAAGGUGUAUAAAUAUAGUUGGAUGGCAUUAAGAAAAGUAGAGUUUUUAAGGUGGAGUGGACAAAUAGGUUUUUUUUGGUGAAAUUAAAUCUAUAAAUAAAUAAUUGAGUUGUAACUAGUUUAUACUUUCACUCUUA